UGAAACGUGUCCCCGGAUGUUGAUAUGUGGUAGUUUGAGCAGUCAGCUGUUAGUGGAGUCAACAACAUGCUGCUAACCGGGAACUAACCGGGUCUAACCGGGAACUAACUGGGUCUAACCGGGUUAACGGACUGAUGGAGGCGUUCAGCCGGCUGGGCAGUCUGCUGCUGACCGCUCUGGAGACGAGGGAGCCUACAGUGGACCUGUUGGAGUCCUUCGUGGAUCAUUGGAAAUCAAUAACCAACUAUUACAUAGAGACUACAGAUGACAGUCGUCCUGUCAAACAGACAGAGAUCCCCUGGCGUCUCAAACAGAUGUUGGACAUCCUGGUGUACGAGGAGAAACAACAGGCCGUGGAGGACACAGGGCCAUGUCUGGAGUAUCUACUGCAACACAAACUGUUGGAGACUCUGUGUACUCUGGGGAAGGCUCAGUAUCCUCCAGGCAUGGUUCAGCAGGUCUUGAUGUUCUUCUCUAAGUUGUUGUCUCAGAUCCAGAAGCCUCUGCUGCAGCUGGUCAACGUCUACAGACCUGUACAGAAGCUGAUUCGUCUUUGUGCACUUCCUGGUUCCCACACUGAGAAGGAGGAAGCUCAGUUCUUAUUGGUCGUCUGCUCCAGAGUCAAACAGGAUCCGCACACGCUCAGAUCCGUCUUACAGAUUCUGGACCAACCAGCAGCCAGGACACCAGCCUCUGACCAAUCACAGCCCUGCACUCAAGCCUCCAAUCACAGGACAGAGACACCGCCAAUCUCCAGCCAAUCAAAGUCCGGUCCCUGCAGCCCUGUCCAAUCAGAUUCAUCUGCCUGCAGCCCUGUCCAAUCAGAGUCCGGUCUCUGCAGCCCUGUCCAGUCAGAUUCAUCUGCCUGCAGCCCUGUCCAAUCAGAGCCCGGUCUGCUGUCGGCUCUGCUGCAGCUCACCAAGAGUCAGAAGGGUUCGGUGUGUCUGAAGGCUCAUGAGAGCCUCCUGCUGCUGUCUUCUCUCCAGUCUGAGUCCUCAGAGGACAUCCUGUCCCAUCAGACCCAGCUGGGAGAGCUGCUGGCUGGGAGGCUGCUGCAGCUUUACUCCCUGCUGCCUCUGGAGGCUCUGGAUCCUACGGAGGUCCAGAGCUCGCCCCGUACACCCUGGAGUUCUCAGUUCUCUCGCUGCAGCUCUGAUCUCAGGUCAGAGUCAUCUGCUUCUGAUCACAUGACCAACUUCUUCUCCUGGUUGGACUUCCUGGAUCACCUGAUGAAAGAAGCUCCUCAGCAGGUGUUAGCGGUGAAGCUAGCUCAGUGUGUUAAUCAGUUCUGGUUGUUGGACGUUCUUCAACCUCAGCUGCUGCACACGUCUGAGCAGGUGGUCCUGGUCUCCACCUCCAUCCUCUCUGCUGCCGUCAGACUGGUCCAGUCCUCGUCUCUGCUGGAUCAGCUGGUUCACUUCCUGCUGAGGACGCCCACAGUGACUGACCUGCUGCUGCAGCGCUGCGACCACAUCUCUGACCAGAUCAGUAUGGCGUCUCUGUCUCUGGUGGAGGAGUUACUACAGAAGCCUCACAGGGACAUCCUGGACGUCCUGGUGUUGGGUUUCCUGCAGAAUCGUAGCUACCUGUCUCCACCUGCUGCGGGACAGGAGGACAGACACACAGAGAGCUGCGAGGACAGCGAUGAUCUGGAGGAGGACCCCUUCUUCUCUGACAGCCUGCUGUCCUCAGCAGACACUCAGCUGCUCCUUCCUCCUCCUCCUCCUCCUCUCUCCUCCUCAUCCUCCUCUUCCUCCUCCACUGCUCCUCCUCCUCCCUCUGGUCUGGGAUCAGCUGCCGAUGUUGUCAACAGUUUCCUGUGUCUAGUUCCUGUCCAGGUGCGAUCAGCUCAGCUGCUCCAGGAGGGAGGAUAUGAGUCCUACGUGCACGACGCUCACACACUGGUGUCUCAGUGUGAGACUCUCUCUCUGUCCUGGGAUUGGCCGCUCAGUCUUCCUCCUCCGUCCUCAGGUGAGGUGGACCAGUUCUACGAAGGACACCUGCUCAAAGUCCUGUUGGACCGACUGGGACGCGUCCUGGAGCAGCCGUAUGAGUUGAACCUCCAGCUGACGGCGGUUUUGUCCAGACUGUCGUCCUUCAGCCACCCGCUGCUGCACGAAUACCUGCUCAACCCCUACAUUCACCUGUCUCACUGCUCCAGGUCGCUCUUCUCCGUCCUCAUCAGGUUGAUGGGAGAGUUGAUGCAGAGGAUCCAGCAGGUUUCCAACCUGUCAGACAGACUGUUGAACACCAGGAGACACCUGCUGGGACUGAACCACAACACUGGGUGUGUCCUCAGACUGGAGCACCUGACCCUGCUGAGAGGACUUAUUGUCCUGGAGGAGUUCUGUAAGGAGCUCGCUGCCAUCGUCUUCGUCAAACAGCCCUGAGACCACCUGGGACAGGGACACCUGGGACAGGUGAUGUCCACCCUGAGGACAGCUGAGACAGGUCCACCUGUAUGAACUCUGCUGGUCCUUCUGGACUGCAGAUCUGAACCUUUAGACAUGUGAGAAGCUGACUGAAGCCUCAGCGUGUCUGAGGCCACCCUGAACGCCUCAUUGUCUCCGCCUUAAUGAACCGUCUCGCUUCAUCACGGUGAUGUCAUGGUGACAUCACAGCAGAGUUUUAGUUCUUUAUUCUAGUUUUAAUAUGUAACCCAUCGUGAGGAUCUGGAUUUGAUCUGAUCAGUGGACGUCAGCCAGAGAUCGUCUCCUCGGCAGGAAACAGGAAGCAGAUUCCAGCGAGCUGAUUGGAUGUGACCUGUGAUGAGGUGUUGACCUCUGACCUCUGAUGAUGUCAUGAGUCUGACCUCUGAUGGUGUCAUGAGUCUGACCUCUGAUGAUGUCAUGAGUCUGACCUCUGAUGAUGUCAUGAGUCUGACCUCUGAUGAUGUCAUGAGUCUGACCUCUGACCUCUGAUGA